CGGUGGCCUCUUUCUCUUCAGCGAGGCGGCCGAGCGGGUGCGUGUUGCUAACCGGGAUCGGGGUCGGCAGCGGGGCCAGGAGCACGAAGCCAGUGGGCGCAGCGUUGCAGAGAUGCAGAUCUUUGUGAAGACCCUGACGGGCAAGACUAUCACUCUUGAGGUCGAACCCAGUGAUACUAUCGAGAAUGUCAAAGCCAAAAUCCAGGACAAGGAAGGUAUCCCUCCAGAUCAACAACGUCUGAUUUUUGCUGGAAAACAGCUAGAAGAUGGCCGGACUCUCUCCGACUACAACAUCCAGAAAGAGUCCACUCUGCACUUGGUGCUGCGUCUUCGAGGAGGCAUCAUUGAGCCUUCCCUUCGCCAGCUGGCCCAGAAGUACAACUGUGACAAGAUGAUCUGCCGCAAGUGUUACGCCCGCCUGCACCCCCGCGCUGUAAACUGCCGUAAAAAGAAGUGCGGCCACACCAAUAAUCUGCGCCCCAAGAAGAAGGUCAAAUAAAGACCAGCCUGGGGACCCAGUUUUGGUUUGGCUCCCCUGACUGAAGUGCUCUUGAGUAGUCUGUUGUAACAAGGCCUUAUUCCUGGUUUUAAUGGGGCUGUGAUAUCAAUAAAAUCCCCUUUUAGUUGAGAAGCAGUA